UCGUGCAUUCAUUUUUAGCCGUUAUGACUAGACUAUUAAUGUUUACAGAGGGCGCUUUUCUAGGUCACAUGACGUACAAAACAAUUAAGGCACUAUGAAUGAAUGGAGUACGGUUUGGUGAUGAAAGCGAAAUAAUAUUGUUUGUAUGCAAUUUUAUGGUCAAAUACUAACAAUGGGAGUUUAUCUUACUUCAUUGAUAUUCAUUCAAUCAAAAGACACAAACCAUUUGAGUAUUGAGUGAGUUUUUAUACAUAGUUAAAGUUGUUAAAAGUUUGUUGGAUAUGGAUCAUUGUACAAAUAUGUGUAAAUUUUGCUACAAUCGAGGACGUGAUAGUAUGAUUAACCUACAUUUUGUUUUGAUAUUGUUUUCAUUAUUUAUUUGCACAAGUCUAGUUAACUGUGAGCAUAGUGAAGAACAUGAAAUUAGAUCAUCAAAGAUCACUAUAGAAUAUAUUGAUAAUUCUGUUAGUGGGCCAAAGGUGAUCUAUGAAGAUGGGAGAUACUUUGUUAAUAAGGGAUACCCAUCUCCAGAAAUAGAGGUCAAAGGGCAAUUAGUUUAUGUGGAAACAGAUGAAGGAAAAGGGGAAGAGCGUCAUGAAGGGUGCGGGCCUCUGGAUCCAAAUAUUAUUCCAAGCCAAUCAUGGAUAGCACUUGUAGUGCGAGGAAAUUGUACAUUUAAUGAAAAGGUUUAUUAUUCAGCUAAAUUCUCAAACGCAACAGCUGUUAUAAUCUAUAUGAAGAGUGAUACUAUUGAAGAUUUGGCACUUACUACAGUUAGCUCCAAAAAUAGUCAUGACGUUCAUGAUGUUGUUGCCAUAUACGUUGGCCUCACAUUGGGUAACAGGCUUCAAGAACUCCUCCUGAAAUAUGGGAAAGUCAAUGUGACCUUGACUCCUGAGGCAAAGGACCCUAAAGAGAGCCAGAAUCCAAGCCAGCUCAGCAACACCUCGGUCCUGUUUGUGUCGAUAUCGUUUAUUGUUCUCAUCAUUAUCUCCCUUGCCUGGCUCGUUUUCUACUACAUUCAGAGGUGCAGAUACACUAAUGCUAAGGAACGACUAAGUAGGAGGCUUGCAAACGCAGCCAAGAAGGCAAUUGCCAAGAUCCCUCAGCGUUCUGUGAAGAUAGGAGACAAGGAGCUUGAUUCAGAUGCUGACCAGUGUGCUGUGUGCAUAGAACCAUACAAAGUUUGCGAUGUCAUCCGAGUCCUGCCCUGCAAGCACGUGUUUCACAAGUCUUGUGUGGAUCCUUGGCUCUUGGACCAACGUAGCUGCCCUAUGUGUAAGAUGGACAUCCUGCGAGCAUUCGGCAUGCAUUUGAAUGACAGUCAGGAGAGCGUGCCGCAGGAUGUAGAAAGUGGCCUUAUGAGUUCCACGCCUGCAGCAGACGACAUGGAGCCCCUGUCACAGGGGGAUGAGGAAGGCGCCGUCGGGGGCGUCAAGAUUGUCCUGUACCAGCACCCAGUCCGCUAUGACUGUGAGCCCGGGGUCAGCAGUCGUUAUAUUGCCUCCGAGUUUAGUAGUGACAGUGGGAGCCAAUCUAGUCCAGUCGCUCAGUGUCAUGUUGAGUGCACGAGUCAGGUGAUCGUGGAGAAAACUAAUGACUCUGAUACCCACUUGUCAAUAUGUGAUCCAGUUGGCACGCUUCAGAGGUCAGGUAGUGAUGAUAGUUUGAACUUGUCAGAAGAUGAUUUUGAUACCCAGGAGAGUCACUCGUUGAUAACUGGUCUACCGCCGUCAAAGACACAGACAGUUUCUGGAAACAGUAGUGAUGGUGGGUCUGUGUAAGGCCGAGGCGGAAAUCUCGUUGAUGUUUCUACAUGGUAACAUGGAGAAUACUGACAGACUCACUGAGUAUUCGGAAUAUCAAGCAUUAUAGAAAAGGACUUGUUUAAACUGUGCUAUUAAAACUUGUUACCAAAGAUUGUUGUCAGAUGUUUGUGAAAUGGAUGCCAUGAUUUGAUCAAUCUGUUGUAGGAUAGCUGUUGUUAACUGUCAUAAUAUUUGCAUCUUUAUGACCUUGUCCUUGUAUAAAAACAUUUUUUAGGAUAAAUGCAAAAAUUUAGCGGAGCAGAUUUUGCACUCACUUGUCAACCAAAGAGCAGCUGUUCAACUUUUAAAGAAUAACUGCUUAAAAUCUUAAGGAGUAAGUGCUUGAAACAAUGUCAUGUGAUGUUCAACUGCGAUUUAUAUAGUCUUUCUUUAAUCUGGUUUUAAUCUUGAAAUUCCUCAAUAAUAUACCGUGUCAAGCAUUUCCUGAAAUUCCUUGAUAAUCUACAGUGUCAAGUGUAUCUUGAAAUUCCUUGAUAAUCUACAGUGUCAAGUGUAUCUUGAAAUUACUAGAUAUUCUAAUGUUUCAUUGUGAGUACCUUAUUUAACAAAUAAAAAAAAAUAAAAACCAAACAUUUUUUCACAGAGAAAUGGUUCCUAUUUGUGCAAAUUUAAUAUUGAAAGUUGUUCUUGACUAAAUAUUACAGUUGCACUACCAUCAGAAGGCAAUCAUCAUUGAACAUACAAGGCUUCCAGUAUUUUGACGGUUAUGUUGUGGAUAAAGAGGCAAACAUUAUGACAGGCAUUGUUUUUAAGCCACAUUGAUCAAUGCAUUAUGUUGUCAUGCUAUUUGCUCAUUCACUUUUGUUUUCUGGAAUUACUUUUAUAUUAAAUUUUUCAUAUUCUGAUUUUUUCUAACCUUUUUUUAAUUAAAAUUGUAAACCAUGUUUUAAGUUUGUUAGAAAAAACAAAUGUGUGUUUAUUAAAACCUUUGCCAAAAAAUUUGAAAAUAAUGAUUGUUAAUUGUGUUAAUUUCGAAAACAUGUUUAAAAAAAGAUCAUGGUAUUUUUUUUAAAUUUUUUGCAAUUACAUAAAGCAGUUUUAUCUUCAUUUAAUUUGUUGCUAUAUUUAUAUUUAUUAAAUGUAUUGUUAUCUCUGUUGAUUAUACUGCUUGUUCAGUAAGUAAUGGACAGCGGAAUUGUUACAAGCCAUCAAACAGUUUCAGUAUUCAUCAGUCUUGAAGAUCAAGUUUUUCAUCUUGUUUCAAAUAUUCAAGACUAUCAUUCAAAUCAAACUAAGAUACUGAACUGGGGAAUCAGUUGUUAUACAUGUAUUUUUUGUCACCUGACUGCCAAGCAUGCAGUCAAAUAGCGAGUCCAUGUGCGGCAUCAUCAUCGUCCAUGGUUGAUUCUGAUUAAUAACUUGGUGUACAGUCAUCAGUACUUAGUACACAGAUCGGCCAUGAUCAGUAAAUGACCCCUAUUGACUUUUGGGUCAAUAGGUCAAAGGUCAUGGAGACCUUUACUAAAACCACUACAGGUGCUUUUGUUACUGAUCAAUAGCAUUUGAACAAAAUGGUGUAGAGUCUUCAAACUUGGUAUGCACAUUGGUCAUGUUUCAAUAUAACCCCUAUUGUUGAACAGGUUCAGUAGAUCAAAGGUGAAGGUCAUUAUGACCAUUACCAGAAAUCUGAUAGGUGCUCCUGACACAUUUUACUAUUCGUUGAAAUCUAGUUAUUGGCACCGUGAAGUACUUAAGUACUUGAUGUUUAAAUACCCUGUUUUAUAGUUUUGUUUCAUACAGUCAUCAUGUUAUAUUUCCUUUCACCAGUCACAUUCAAUUUUGACUGGUUUAAUUGUAUCUUUUACAAUCAUAUUAACAAAUGUACUCAUUUCUGCUUGGAUUAAUUACGGUACUAUUAUAAUACAUUGUGCUGCAUAUGAAUGUAAUGGUCUGUAUAGAAUUAAUUCUGCACUUUUGUCUAUGAAUUCCAUACAUAAAUGUAACAUAAAAAAUCAACAGUUACCGCUUUAUGAGAUCAUUUUAAAUCUGUAUACAUGUAUAUAGAGAUUUUUGGAAUAAAGAAGGAAUGAUGUAUUAUUUAUAAUCUUUUGAGUUUUGUCAGGAAUUUAGAUUUAAGUAUUACUUUGAUAGCAUUUCUGGAAGCCACAACAUAAAACAGCCAAUUUAUAUCAGUGUGUUGUUUUCAUUUAUUUAUGUUAGAUCUACUGGUAAAAGAUAGUUCCUAUUAAAAGUUUUCUUUCUUAGAUGUUUGUCUGUUUUGAACAUUUUGAACUCCUUGGCAAUUUUCCAUCGAAAACAAACUUGGAUGUAUGCCAGUAUUUAAGUAGAAGUAGUCCAUAAAUAUUGAAUAACUGUAUAUAAUUAAUUUUAGUGUUUUGACAUUUAUGUUGUACCGGUAUAUCUAAUUUUAAAUUGAUUGCCAAUGGAGUGAAUUAUUGCAUAAAUUAUAAAGUUUUCAAAGAGUAAAGUCAUUAAGUUUUACUGCUAAAUUGAAAAUACUACUCGAUCUACUAGCAGCGUAGUAAAAUGUAAAGAUUUCCGACGUUGUAAACUGUCCAUGUACAUUCAAUGUUUUUUUCCAAUGGAAAAUGGCUGAGGAGGUCCUAGUGCAUUUUUAAAUGACAUUUGUCCUAUUAUGCAUGCGAGGAUUUGAAACUAUGCAUAUUCAUUUGAAAGUGUUUGUAAGCUCCUUAAGAUUGAUAUGUAUAUGGCAUGCAGUUUCAGAUAGAUGGAUGAAUGGUAUCAGUGCUUUGGUAUAUAUGAUGGGAAAUGUGCAAUAUGUAAAAACUGAAUUUAUUUCUUUUGGAAAUACCCUUCUGUGAAGCUUAUAUAUCAAUGUUUAGGAACUCCUGACUAAAAGCUGCUCUCUCACAGAUUGACAGUUUUGACAUUUUUUGUAUCAAAAACAGCUGAUUUUGUCUUAAUUUCCUGAAAUUCAGUCAAUAUGUAAAAAGGUUUUUAAAUCUGCCAAAAAAAAUUGAAAAAUGGCCAAAACAUUUUUUUGAAGCGUUAUUAGCGCAUUUAGCCAUAAAACAUUAAUUUUCGAUGGUAGCUAUGAAAAACUGUGAUCUGAUCUUUAGUCAGCAGUUUUGUAUCACAAGUUUCCACACAUUUACGCAAAAAUUAGCUCAUUCCAAAACAAAAAAUAGAAAUAAUUGUCCAAAUGGUCAAACGAUGAGAGUGCAGGUUUAAGGGAUAAAAACACAUCCCCAAGUUUGAUAUAUAUUUUAAUCCAAUAAAUAUCUGGUUUUUUUUUCCUUUAUAUUAUUACUGUAUUCUAUAUGUUAAUUUUUUUUCAUAAUGAGAGCAAAUUAGAUUUUCCUUGUGUCUUUGUAGUGCUGUGUUUAACUAUGUUACAGUUUUCAAAACUCACUUAUGCAUAAAAGUGAACUAAUAUUUCAGAUAACAUAGAUAUUUCAUUCUUAUAGAAAUUAUGUUCAACAGGUUUCAAUUCAAUUGUCUUUAAAACAUGCUAUCUUGGAAUGUAAAACAUACGAUCUGUAACAAUCAAUAACUGUCUCCAUUGUAUAAAGUUUUGACUUAAAUAAAUAAUAACGCAGCUAUUUGAUUAUAUUUCAUAGCCAUUGCAAAAAUGUUUACAAUAAUUAAACCAAAUGGCCAAAAACUCCUGGAUUAUGUUGUUAUAUAAUGAGUAAAGUGAUUCUUCACAUUUGCGAGCAGGAAGCCGAGAAAGGGAAAUCUGUAGCUUAUCAUUGGCUUUUCUGGAGAGUUAACACCAGAUGAUAGAACUGCAUGAAAAAGAAAAUUAUCAAAAACUUUCAUAAAAUUGAUAUUGAUAUGUGCAGCACAUUGAAUCUAUCUGACUGAUGUAUCACACCAUUUACUUUGCAUGUAACUGUUGCUGUCUUUGCAUAUUUUUCCAAUUUGAAUUUUACUCGGUUUGUCUAUAUGUGUCUGUACUAAUCACUUGACUUUGACAUGCUAAAUACUCUUCACUAUAAACUCGGAAACCAUAAUGCGUAAUUUUUAAACAAGUACACUCAGCUGAGACAGUGACAAAAUGUAAAGUGAUACUAUCUUAUGACAAUUCUAGGCUUGUUUUGAGGAAAUUCUGUAUUUGCUGAUUUUGGGACCAUCUGGUGUUUAGUUCCUUUAAGUCCAGGUGAUUGUUUUGGUAAAGAUUUUAGUUUUAAGUGGAAAUUAUGUUAUCAUUAUAUAUCUUCAUUUUGCUUUGUAUUUGUAUUUAAGUGAAAGCAAAGUUGAGAUCAUAACAACAAAUCAACUUCUUUGUCUAUUUGUUGCUAUCUGUCUUGUGCAUACAGAUUUUAGAAUUUUCUUAAAUAAAACAUACCUCAGUACUGGCGGGUACUUUUGUAGCUUUGCUUACUAUGUAAAAAUGUAGCUUUUAACAAUUACAUAUUAAUAGUGAGCAUAGGUUAUGAAUUGAACGAUAACAAUCAUACUCUGUGUUAUAUUCUUAUAUUUAUUUUUCUGUUCAUAUUCAAUGUUAUUCAAUGUUCAUUGCUUUGUUCACAUUUUGCCAGUUUAUAUGGAGAAAUUAAUUUCAGUAGUAAUUUUAAAUAUUUAUGAAUAUCAGGCUUUGCUAUUAUAUACCUAAGUACUGGCAACUCUAGAGAAGACAACUAUUUAUUUUUUGAGCUGCAGUAAUCACAUUCAAUGGUAAAAGGUUUGCAAGUAUAAAUGCUUAUGGAUAAUUUAAUAAAAAAAUGUUUUCAUGUGUCAGAUAUCAAAAAGAUUAAUUUUGUAUUAAAUGUGAAGGAAUUUAUUGUUUUCAAUAUAAAACAUCAUAAGUUCCAAUAAGAGCUCUCUGGCUAGUAAUUAAUUAAAAAUUUGACAGAAAAUGUUGUUUUUGUAAAAAGUAUUAGUAUAAAGGCUGUUGAAAAAGAAAUAACUUUAUGCUUGGAUUUAUAACAUUCUUUUCAAAUGAGUGUCUUCAAGCUGUUAUUUUUUGUUUGUUCAUGAAAGUAAUGUAAAAUACCUGACUUUCAACCAAGUUUUCGAAAAUGAAGUAUGGGAGCAAGUUCCUUUUAAUUCACUUAUGUCUCAAAAUGACCCUUAUCUGAUAUUGUGCACCCAGCACUUCCGUUACUUACAUAAAAUGUCAAAUCGCCAUAUUUCUGCACUGUUUUCAUUCAUAAUGAUUCUGUAUGUGUGUAUAUUUUCACAGCUGAUUAUCUUUGACAUAUUUCAUGACUUUGUAUUGUAGUGUUGAUAUCAUAAUUUUGUUUGACAUUUCUUAAUUGAAAUGUAUAUUUUUGUUGAAAGUUCAUUUCAAGUGAAUAAAAUGUGGUGA